AUGGCAACGGCGUCGUUUAACAUGCAAUCUGUCUUCGCCGGUGGGUUGACCACUCGCAAGAUCAACACCAACAAGCUUUCCUUCGCCGGAAACUUCUCUAACUUCAAGAGGACUUACCCGGUGGGAGUGAGGUGCAUGGCUGAGGGAGAUCCCAUGAAGGAUGAGUCUGCACCUUCGACCUCGGCGUCUCAGCCUUUGCCUAAGUCAUCGUCGCCUGCUCCUCCUCCUCCUCCGAGGAAACCUAAGGUGAGCACGAAGUUCAGCGACUUGCUAGCGUUUAGCGGUCCAGCACCAGAGAGGAUUAACGGACGUUUAGCGAUGGUUGGGUUCGUGGCUGCGUUAGCGGUUGAACUUUCCAAGGGUGAAAACGUCUUCGCUCAGAUCUCCGACGGUGGAGUCUCGUGGUUCCUUGGUACGACAGCGAUCUUGACGCUCGCGUCGCUUGUGCCGCUUUUCAAGGGCAUAACGGCUGAGUCCAAAUCCGACGGUAUCAUGACGUCAGACGCUGAGCUCUGGAACGGACGUUUCGCUAUGCUCGGUUUGGUGGCGUUGGCUUUCACCGAGUUUGUCAAGGGUGGGACCCUCGUCUGA